AGUGAAUGCGCUGCAUCUCACGUGAUCCUUAUCGCUCCAAUUACAUCUACGGAUCUUGUAGAACUACCACCGUGUCAUUGCUAUUUUGCCCUUUUAUUUUGCAAUUAGGGUUUCGAGGUCCUCGUCUCUCGGAGCAGACAUGGGUGGAGGCAAUGGCCAAAAGGCGAAGAUGGCGCGUGAAAAGAACCUGGAGAAGUCCAAAGGUGCCAAAGGAAGUCAGUUAGAUACGAACAAGAAAGCGAUGUCGAUCCAGUAUUCUGCGCAAGUUAGUGUAUUGAGAGAGCUGCUGGGAGCCUGGGAGUUCCAUGUAUUGCAGUGCAAGGUGUGUAUGCAGACAUUCAUGUGCACUACUACAGAGGUGAAGUGCAAGGAGCAUGCUGAGGCGAAGCACCCUAAAUCUGACCUUUAUGCUUGUUUCCCUCAUCUUAAAAAGUGAAUGAAAUCGGGGAAAAUUAUAAACUUAGACAUAUUUUGGGGACAUGAUCACCUUCUUGUGUAAAUUUUUAUAUUAUGAUCUCCCUAAUCCUCUUAUAUCUUUGUGGGCAAGUUAAUAUGAUAUUGUCUGUUUGUUAUUGAUGUUGUUGUGGGCAAGUUAAUAUGAUAUUGUCUGUUUGUUAUUGAUGUUAUUGUGGGCAAGCUAAUAUGAUAUUGUUUGUUUGGGCUA